AUGAUCCCGGAGGUUUUUGAAUCUCGCAAGCGCAAGAUUCUCGCAGACCUGUCCAUCCCCGACGCAGAGUAUACUGAUCUGUCGCCGAAGGGCUCUGUGGAUGAAGGUAUUCGCGUCCUCAUCAACGAUAUAAAUACCCUGCCAGGGUUGGUGACCACUAGCAGCUGUGCGGGAAGGAUCAGUGUGUUCCUGGAGGGGCGAAAGAAGCAACAGCAGCAGCAGCAGCAGCAGCAAGCGGUGUCAGACGAGCAGCAACAGCAGCAGAGGCAGUUCGUACCAUCCGGGGGCAAAGGAGCAGGAAAGUGGUUAUAUGUGUCUCAUGAGCCCUUGCAAAAAUAUGGGAAGGUGCGAGAAAAAGAGCAAGAGCGCCAGCCACUGCAUGAGUUGUUUGGGAUGAUCCCUGGGGAUGGCAGGCCUCCCGGGUUGAACAAGGAUGGUCAGGCCCCGCGUCUCGUGCGCUUCUCUUUUGAGCCUAUGAUCCUCCAUAUUAUGGCAGCAACACUACACCAUGCUCACCCCGUGCUAUCUGCCGCUUCAACCUCCGGCUUUCGAGAGAGCGGACUGCAGAGUCUCCGUUGCUUAGAAGCAAAUGACAUUGAGGGCCCAAGUCCCAUCGUCGCUGUGCGAUCUGCCGGUCUCUCAUUGGAGUCUGUCAUCGGGUACUGCGAAGAAACCGAUGACGACAAUGAUGACGGAGGAGAACCCAUUAUCCGCAGUCUGGUCACAGAAGAGUUUCUUGAAAUGCUGGUUAAUAUUUCGAAUGAGAGAUUCGCUGUGAAUUCUGAACGUAAGGAGAGAUUUCGCACGAAUUUGUUAGAUCUUUGUUCGACGGAUCACCAUCAACAUGGCGCAAAAGGGAGAGGAAAAUCAAAGCCCCCUGGUUGGGAGGAUCCGGAGAAGCGAAGGGAGAGGAUGAGGGCAGAAGGACUGUUGAGGAAGCAGCUUGCGCAAAAUCAGAGAAAAGAAGAUGAUGUGGAUUUGGAUUUGUCUGGGGCAAGUCUGGAGUGA